UGUGCGGCCGAGGGCGCGCAAAUAUGGGGGACCUUGGGGCUCCUGGGUGAGGUCCCCUCUGUCCGACUUUCCGGAGCCCUUUUGUGUGGGGAGAGGAUAUCAGGACCGCGCCUCUCCCACCGCGCGUCCGGUGGGAAAAUGCGGCUCCUUUCAGGGAAAUGCCAACGUCCCCCUGAGCGGAGAGCGCCUGCUGCGGACGAGUGCGGGGCGUGUGGCCUCUCGGCAGCAUCCCACAAAGCCCAAGGGGCACCAGCUCACACCAUGUGGACCGCGGAUGAGAUUGCGCGGCUGUGUUAUGAGCACUAUGGGAGAACGCUGCCCAAGCAAGGGAAGCCUGAGCCCAACCGCGAGUGGACGUUGCUCGCAGCCGUGGUGAAGAUACAACCUACAGCUGACCAGACCUGCGACCGCCCUGACAGACCGGUGCAAGUGACAAAGGAAGUUGUCUCAAUGGGAACGGGAACCAAAUGCAUAGGCCAGUCCAAAAUGAGGAAGAGCGGAGACAUCCUCAACGAUAGCCAUGCUGAGGUCAUAGCCAGAAGGAGUUUCCAAAGGUACCUUCUCCAUCAGCUCCACUUGGCAGCCACCCUGAAGGAGGAUAGCAUCUUUGUCCCAGGAACUCAGAGAGAACUGUGGAAACUCAGACCAGACCUCUUGUUUGUGUUUUUCUCCAGCCAUACACCCUGUGGGGAUGCCUCCAUCAUUCCAAUGCUUGAGUUUGAAGAUCAGCCUUGCUGUCCUGUCAGUAGAGAUUGGGCCAAUAACCCAUCAGUAGAAGCUAGUGAUAACCUAGAAGCUCCUGAAGAUAAAAGGAAAUGUGAAGACUCAGAUAGUCCUGUGACCAAAAAGAUGAGGCUUGAGCCCAGGACUCCUGAUGGUAUGGCUCACCAUCAGAGUUUUGGCAACCAGGAAAGUGGCCCUAAUUCACCAGAUGUCAGCAGCUCUAAUCUCACUGCAGAGGAACUAGCCGCUGUCACUGGAACGGCCCCCGGUGGCGCCAAAGUGGUGGACGUUUAUAGAACUGGAGCCAAGUGUGUGCCUGGAGAAGCUGGAGACUCAGGGAAGCCUGGUGCUGCCUAUCACCGGGUGGGGCUGCUCCGAGUGAAGCCAGGCCGUGGGGACAGGACUUGCUCCAUGUCCUGCAGUGACAAGCUGGCACGGUGGAACGUCCUCGGAUGCCAGGGGGCACUGUUGAUGCACUUCCUAGAAGAGCCCAUCUACCUGUCAGCUGUGGUCAUUGGGAAGUGCCCGUUCAGCCAGGAGGCCAUGCAGAGAGCACUGAUUGGGAGGUGUCAGAAUGUCUCACCUUUACCCGAAGGCUUUGGAGUUCAAGAAGUGAAAAUACAGCAGUCAGAUUUACUAUUUGAACAGAGCCGCUGUGCAGUACAGGCAAAAAAGGCUGAGAACCAAGGCCGACUUGUUCCUUGUGGGGCAGCCAUCAGCUGGAGUGCAGUUCCUGAGCAGCCACUGGAUGUCACCGCAAAUGGCUUUCCGCAGGGAACAACAAAGAAAGAAAUCGGACGCCUUCAAGCCAGAUCCCGAAUCAGCAAAGUAGAGCUCUUUAGGUCAUUCCAGAAGCUGCUAAGCAGUAUUUCAGAGGACAAGUGGCCAGACUCCCUCAGGGUGCAGAAGCUAGUGACGUACCAUGAGUACAAGGAGGCCGCAUCCACUUACCAGCAGGCCUGGAGCGCACUCCGGAAGCAGGCGUUUGGAUCCUGGAUCAGAAACCCACCGGAUUAUCAACAAUUUAAAUGAGCAGAGUUUACUGGCAGGGUGUUUUCCAUUCAUUCAUUCUGGACUGCCUUCUUCCUACAUGCUGGAUAAGCCUUAGCUUUUCUUGUGGCUGAUCAGGAAAAAAAAGACUGCCAUCUACCAGAGCAAAAUAUCCUUCUGUGUGAGAUGGAUGGAAUUCUGGACAUGGAACAAUCUAUACUUGACUGAAGUAGCUCACUGCUAAAACAGCAUCUUGCUAAUGACCUUGGUAUGUGUCCUGUGUUUUAUUGCUUCUUUAAGAAUAAGAAUUUGGAAUGUGAUGCUUUAAAAGUACUCUGCAAUAGCUCCAUUUUGUGUGUUCCUACAUUGAUUCGGCAAGUACUUAUUGGGCUGAGAUGAUGUUUGAAUCUCUGCAAGUUUUAGAGUUUCGCCUGUCAUAGUGGACAUGUAUUUUGUAUAUCCAGCCUUUUUUCCUUUGGAGAACCACCCUUUCCUGCAUUACCCAUGCUUGGAUGAAGUGAACUUUACUCCUUGGCUCCAGGAAUGUGAGCCAGCCCUGAACAGUCCUGGAACUAGUGCCAGAGUGAUCAGGACUUCCCUGGUGGCGCAGUGGUUAAGAAUCCGCCUGCCAAUGCAGGGGAUGUGGGUUCUAUCCCUGGUCUGGGAAGAUCCCCCAUGCCACGGAACAACUAAGCCCAUGCGCCACAACUACUGAGCCUGUGCUCUAGAGCCUACGAGCCACAACUAUUGAGCCCACGUGCCACAACUACUGAAGCCCCCACAAUGAGAAGCCCGCUAACUGCAACGAAGAGUAGCCCCUGCUCGCUGCAACAAGAGAAAGCCUGUGCGCAGCAACGAAGACCCAACGCAGCCAAAACUCCCUGGACUUCUGCCAUGUCCUGCCUGCUGUCUGCCAUCCACAGUGGAGUGUCACUCCAGGACCCUUUUGCUCCGGACGUGUAAGAUCCCCUAUCCAUUAAACCACUGAUGUCUCUGUCACUGACUCUGGGCUCGCUCUUCAGUCUGAGGCUGGGCAAGUACAGGCCUUGAAGGCCUGCGGGGUACAGCCCAACAUUCUCCUUUGUUAAAUUUGGUGUUUUAUUAAUAGACAUAAUGAUGAACUAUAUAACCCAUUCUUGGGCUAAGCGCUACCUGGUCAUGAUUGUUUUGGUAUACUACUGAAUUUUAUUUACUAAUAUUUAGGAUUUUUCUAUGUUGAUGAGAUCAAUGUAUAAUUUUUCUCAGAAAGUUUUGGCCAUUGAGAUUUUGUCUCAAAAUUAAUUUUUAUUCCCUUUUCCUAAUCUCUGAAAUUUUAUGAAAGGAUUAACGGUUCCUUACAUAGUUUGAUAAAAUUCAUCUGUAAAAUCUUACUAGUGUCCGUUACAGACUAGAGUCGGGGGAGACUACAUGCAACUUUUUUUUUUUUUUUUGGCCACACUGCAUGGGCUUGUGGGAUUUUAGUUCCCCGACCAAGGAUUGAGCCCAGGCCCUCGGCAGUGAAAGCGCAGAGUCCUAACCACUGGACUGCCAAGGAAAUCCCUUUUUUUAAAAAAAAAAAACCUUCACUCAUCUGUUGCAUUUUAAAAGCAAUAUUAACAAAUCCAUUUUUAUUGACUGAUAUUACAAAUAAGGCUGCUUUAAUAGUUUUUAUAGGUAACAGUUAUUCUCUCCUCGGUUCCAAUACUUUCUACAUACCACUUACAACAGUGCUUUGUAAUUGUUUAUGUGUUGGUUACCACCAGACUGUAAGCUCCUGGAGUAAGGGGUAAUGCUUUAUUCAUAUUUGCCCCAGUGUCUAGCACAGUGUGAGACACACUGUAAAUAGGGGGAAAAAAAUCACAAAAUGACACUGCCACCUACGUCUUUUCUCUUAAAUCUCAAGUUUGGAGUCUCAGUUCUGCCACUUGGUAGCAGUGUGGCUGGCUGCAAGAAUGACACUAUCUCGUAAGGGCUUUUUCAAGAUUAACUGCAACAAUGUAUGUAAAUUAUCUGGUAUAUCUAGUGAGUGCUCAGUAAAUGCUAACUAUAAACUACUUUUAAAAGAAAAACAGUUGGCUUUCUGAUCCCAUCUGGAAAGCUGACAUUAGUAGAGUACUUGGAGGGAUUGCUUACAUAAUUUGGUAAAGAUGAAGUUAAAUCUCUUUGUUCCUUCCCCAGUAGAAAGUUGGAUAUUCAUUUUAACUACAUGUUCUUAGAUCCCUGGAUACCUGGUUUCUUUAUUCUGAUGAUCUGUGUAAUGGCUCUAGCCUCCAGACACAGUCUGUCUGGGGAAGACUUAGGGAAGUAAAUAAGCAUUUCCUUUUAAAUGCAUCUGUGUAGUGGCAAGCCUACACAUCUAAUUUGUGAGAAAUCAUAAAAUGUAUGGCCUGGAAAAAUCUGAAUCUUCAUUUGUAGAAAGUGGUUGUAAAGCAGCACCAUGAAUGCAGGUACAUAUACAGGCUAUACGUGUAUGGUUAUCAUUCCAACACGGUAUGUAACAGUAAAAGACUGAAAAGCACCCAAAUGCCAUUAAUAGGGCACUAGUUAGGAAUCUUGCUGAAAACUCGGCCUCUGUGCACCAGUGCUGCAUUCAAUCUCAGAGACAAGAGUUUUGGGUGAAGCAGAAAAGCUUUACUGCUUUGCCAAGCAAAGGGGGACACAGUGGUCUCGUGCCUCGAAAACUGUGUAUCCCCACGCCGCUGGGAGGAUUUGGUGAGGAGUUUUAUAGCAAUGGGCAGAGUUGCCCAUAAGAUUAGGGUGUGUGCAGGGCCUACAUCCCUUUAAUCUGGCCUCAGGUGGUCUCCUCCUACUGAGCUUCUCUGUUUCCCUUAAUUUGGCCUCAGGUGGUCUCUCUCUUUUUAAAAAAAUAUUUAUUUAUUUGGCUGCGCUGGGUCUUAGUUGUGGCACGCGGGAUCGUUAGUUGAGGCCUGGGGGAAUCUAGUUCCCUGACCAGGGAUCGAACCCAGGUUCCCUGCUGGGAGCUCGGAGUCUUAGCCACUGGACCACCAGGGCAGUCCCAGGCCUCAGGUGGUCUCUUGAUAAGCUUCUCUGGUUCCUUUAAUCUGGCCUCAGGUGGUCUUCUCUGGAAUGAAGAAUGCUUAACAUCUUCCAUUUGUUGGGAGUUUUAGUUCUGUAAAGAGCUCAAAGGUGUUAUGUAUACCCCCUGACCUGGAACCAGGACCCUGCCCCAAGGCUGCUUGGCUGCUCCUACCACCUUGUCUCUGCAUCCCCUCCCUUCCCUGAUUAGCAACUGUUUGAAUCUGCCCCUUGGAACUCAGGGAAGGUCUUGGAGGCUGGAGUCUAUUCCCUACAAGAAACGGGGGACACGGAAAGGCUUCUGUGCCCAGGAGCCCCACAGGGUCCUGUUCAGUUUCAGUAAUAAUGAUAUAUCCACACAAUGCAAUACUAAAGUAAAUUAAAAGGCUUUCUAUAUGAACUGAUAUGGAAAGAUCACUAGGAUAUACUGUUUAAAAAAAAGCAAUGUACGUAAGUAUAGAUAUAAUGUGUUCUCUUUUGUAUAAGAAAAAAACACUUUAGACAUAUAUUCAUAUUUAAUUGAACUUCCAAAAACCAAACUCUGAAAAGAAACAAGAUGCCAGUACAAGUAGUUUCCCAAAAAGUGGAGGGUUAGGGUAAUGAGAAAACAGUGGUGGAGAAGGACUUCUCGAUGUAUACCUGUUUAGAGAGACUUGACAUCUGAACCAUGUGAAUAUAUUAACCACUUAAAAAAAAAAGUUCCCUCCUCAUGACACAGGCCACUGCUUCCUGUGCCCAGCUGUGCUGCCAUGGGCCCCACAAAUCCUCCUCCUAGCCUGGCAGCUGUAGGAGCUACUUCUCUGACCCAUUUAUAAGAAGGUGAAUAAAGGACAUGGUCACACCGCAAUGCCUUUAUAAGAGGAAGUUUUAUUGUUAAUUAUUUACCUUAAUAGUUUCAGAAAGAGGAACAGAUUAGCUCAGUCCUACAUGAUUGGCAGUUGGCAAAAUCUAGUGAAGCAAGUGUUCUGAUUGCUAAGGAUUUAAUUUGGAUGCUUUUAAUACUUAGCCAUCUAACACUUCAAACAUAAUCGAGAAUAAAUGCAUCAUCUCGCUCCCUUUCAUUUUAAUUCCCACCUACCUCACUUCAAUAUGGAAAUAUCUUCGUUAAAUAAGAUUGCCAGAGGAACAAGUUCCCUGGAGAGUGUAGCCAUGAGGACAGUGCACAAAAAGAAAAACUCAAAAUAAAACUCUGUAUGAUAAUUUACUAGUCUAAAGGAAACAAAACCUUCCAAUAUAU